GCUCUGGUAUUUUGUCCUCACUGCUUGCCGUAGUGUUGCCGUAAAUUAAGGUAACUGUCGCAAACCCUUAGGCCAACAACAGAGGUCAGAACGAGCCACUCAGCAUGGGAGGUGACCACGGCCACAACAAGAUGUCCAUGCCGGACUGGCGGCAGUGGAAGGUGGAGGGAACGCCGAUGGAGUUCACAAAGCAGCGGCUGGCAGCCAGAGGCCUCAAGGAUCCGUGGGCCCGCAACGAGACGUGGAGAUACUCCGGAGGCUUCGCCCGCGCUGUGACUCUGUCGGAUGUGCUGCUGAAAGGCUUCAAGUGGGGCUUUGCAGCCUUUACCGUCGCUCUGGCGGUCGAGUACGCCCUGUUUCCACCCAAGAAGGGGGGUCACUAAUGCUCGUCCCAGAGUAUAAUAAUAUCCUGUAUUUCUGCUCAUUAAAUGUUUCUGUGAUUUCCCCC